AUGACUGCGACAAUUGGCAGAGUGACUCUAAGAAAGGACGAGGAAAAUACGGUCGCAAUGAUCACAGUACCGAAGGUUGGUUGGGAGCCUAUCAAGUUCAGUGAGGAAGAGGAAGAAGGGAUCAUUUACCCACACGAUGACCCGAUGAUUAUUCGAGUUGAAAUCGCAGACCACGAUGUAGGACGAGUGCUGAUCGACAAUGGAAGCUCGAUAACGCCAUUGCUGAGCUUUUCUGGGGAUCUGGUCCAGCCAGUCAGCAGUGUCAGUUUGCCUAUUGCCUUCGGCGUUGCCCAUCGAAAAACAAUGAUAUAUGACCAGUUUCUCAUUAUCUACUGCCCAAAGGCAUACAAUGUCAUUGUCGGACAAACGGCACUCAAUGGAAUCAAAGCGCACAAGUCCCCCCACAUGUUGCUGAUGAAGUUUCCAACCUGCAAUGGUACUGGCGUUAUCCGAGGAGAUCAGCUCAGUGCACAAACGUGUUAUGCGACGACCCUAAAAUCAGUAGCUUGCAAGCCUCCGAUGGAAGCCAUGUCUGUGCAAGAGCUACCGAACGGUAGCGGGCCAAUAAACGACCCAAGAGAGGAAACACCAACGCCGCUUGCGCAACUUGCUGAGGAAAUGGAAACAAUAAUGCUGAACGAAGAGCAUCCCGACCGAUGUGUUAAGAUCGGCACCACACUCAACCCCCACAUCCGAAUGCAGUUCAUAGAUUUUUUGCGGCACCAUGCGGAGGUCUUCGCCUGGUCCUAUGACGACAUGCCAGGUAUAUCACCUGAAGUCAUCAGCCACAAGCUCAGCAUCUCCCCUGCCUAUAAACCCGUCAAACAGAAGCGUCGUUUGUAUGAUGCUGAACGGUAUGAGGCCAUGCGUACCGAAGUUGACAAGCUAAAAGCCAUCGGCUUUAUCAGGGAAGCUACGUACCCCGUUUGGCUUGCCAACUCAGUCGUGGUUCGAAAGGCCAAGGGCGAAUGA